AGGGAGAGAUUGAACACCUCUCAUUUACAACAAGGCCUCUUCUUGGCCCCGACGACCGCAACAGACGUGAACGCCGAGUGCUCUUGGGGUUCAAUUAGAGGUGAUGGCGGCCGCGCGCGAUCUCACAACGACCACGAGUCCCCCUCACUCAGACAUCAUGGCAGCAGACGUGAGGGAAGAGCCCAAGGCAGCCGUGAAGAACUACAAGGGCUUCGUCGCCGGAGUAUUCUCAGGAAUCGCCAAGCUCACAGUCGGCCACCCCUUCGACACAAUCAAAGUCCGCCUCCAAACAACAGACGCCUCGCGCUUCAGCGGCCCGCUCCAAUGCGUAGGCCAAACGCUACGGAACGAAGGUAUCCCGGGCCUCUACAAGGGGGCGACCCCUCCGCUGGUGGGCUGGAUGUUCAUGGACUCGGUCAUGCUGGGCUCGCUGACCGUCUACCGCCGCCUCGUCGCUGAGCGCCUCUUCCGUGUCGGCACCGUCGACAACCUCCCCUCGUACGGCCACGGUAUCGCGGGCAUCAUGGCGGGCAGCACCGUCAGCUUCAUCGCCGCACCCGUCGAGCACGUAAAAGCGCGCCUGCAGAUCCAGUACGCCGCCAACAAAGCCGAGCGGCUGUACAGCGGGCCGGUCGACUGCCUGCGCAAGAUUUACGCGAACCACGGCGUCCGGGGCGUCUACCACGGCCUCAGCGCGACGUUGCUGUUUCGGGGCUUCUUUUUCUGCUGGUGGGGCAGCUACGAUCUUUUUUCAAAGUACUUUAAGAAGAACACGAACCUCAGCGCGCCGGCGGUGAAUUUCUGGGCCGGCGGGCUGAGCGCGCAGAUUUUCUGGUUGACGAGCUACCCUUCGGACGUGAUCAAGCAGCGCAUCAUGACGGAUCCCCUUGGUGGCGGGCUCAACGACGGUACGCCAAAGUUUAGGAGGUGGAAGGACGCUGCGACGGCGGUGUAUAAGGAGACGGGGUGGAAGGGUUACUGGCGCGGGUUCUUGCCGUGUUUCUUGAGGGCGUUUCCGGCUAAUGCCAUGGCGUUGGUUGCAUUCGAGGGUGUUAUGCGGGCUCUGCCGGAGUAGAUGGGCAUUCACAUUGCCGCAAGGUAUAGACAAGACAUUUGUACGAGGGGCACCGAUAACCAUAGAUAGACAGCAGGAUACCCAGGAUCGGAAUCAGAAUCGCACCUCAAAGCAUACCAUCACAUUCAUUCACGAAUGGAGGACCAUAUGUGGCAGAUCAACAAGCACACGAAGGUGCUAACUUUUGGUAUUCCCUUUUAACCUUGCCAAAAUUCCAGUGCCAUGCCGACCCAAGUAACCUUAACCUGACUAGUGCAUAGAAACCGUUUACUCGUCAUCCUCAUCAGCCUCGUCGUUAACGACGUUGAAGAACUUGAGCUCGUAAACACCCUUGGAGGUGGAGACGACACGGAGCCAGUCACGGAGCUGCUGCUUCUUGAGGAACUUCUUGGUGCUGCGAGGA